UGGAGCCUGUUUAGUCGGAGAUGGAUAAUGGCUCUUUCCCGAGGUCUGAGAUGCUGUGCCCGUGUGUUUUCCUGGAUACCUGUCCUCAUAAUCACCUCCGUGGUGCUGUGGUCCUACUACGCCUAUGUAUUUGAGCUAUGUUUAUUCACUAUCAGCAACACAUUGGAGAAGGUGGCCUACCUGCUGGUGUUCCAUGUGUGUUUUGUGAUGUUCUCCUGGACCUAUUGGAAGGCCAUCUUCACUCCUCCUGCUUCACCCUGUAAGAAGUUCCAUCUGUCGUACUCUGAUAAGGAGCGUUAUGAGAGGGAGGAGAGGCCUGAUGGUCAGAAACAGAUCCUGGUGGACAUCGCUAAGAGACUCCCCAUCUUCACCAGAGCUACGUCUGGAGCCAUCAGGUUCUGUGACCGAUGCCAGGUGCUGAAGCCUGACCGCAGUCACCACUGCUCUGUCUGUGAAACGUGUGUCCUGAAGAUGGAUCAUCACUGUCCAUGGGUGAAUAACUGUGUGGGGUUCUCUAACUACAAGUUCUUCCUCCUCUUCCUGUCCUACUCCAUGGUCUACUGUGUGUUCAUCAGUGCCUCCGUCUUCAGAUACUUCAUCAACUUCUGGGUGGGGGACCUGCCAAACGGACCCGCUAAGUUCCACGUUCUCUUCCUGAUGUUCGUGGCGUUGAUGUUCUUAGUCAGUCUCAUGUUCCUGUUCGGUUACCACUGCUGGCUGGUCGCCAAGAACAGGUCCACACUAGAGGCGUUCUCUGCUCCAGUCUUCCCUACAGGACCAGACCGUAAUGGUUUCAACGUGGGGAUCAGGAGGAACCUGCAGCAGGUGUUUGGAGACGACAAGAGACUGUGGUUCCUGCCUAUCUGCACCAGCCAAGGAGACGGCCACUACUUCCCCCUGAAGAGCCUGAGUGAGUCCUCGACCUCUCUGUUAGCCAAUGAGGAGAAAUGGGAGGAGGAAGACGAGGAGUCAGAGGACGACCACAUGGGUGGUGACAGGGAUCCCUCUGUUAUCAUAGACAUGGACGAAGGGGAGGAGGAGGAGGAGGAGUAGGAGACGAAGGAUGACUUUCUGGACUGUAUAAACGGUACAGUAGGUGUUGUGAGGCCCUGAGGAGGCAGACAGAACCCGGUGGAACCGUCAGACGCACUGAAGAACUGAAGAACUCAACAUGCAGCCAAAACGUUCCAAAACGUUCAAUUUUAUCAUGUUUUAUCUCAUCGUUAAAUAUCAAUUCACCAGGAGGACAACGUUACUGUCAACCAAUGUUAUCCAGUACACCAUUGUUUUAAGAGAAAGACCAUGUCUAGCACUGUUGUCUCUGUCUCUCUCUCUCUCUCUCUCUCUCUCUCUCUCUCUCUCUGUCUCUCUCUCUCUGUCUCUCUCUC